AUGUCUCAAAGUGUUGGAACUAUUAAUACUCCUUUUGACAUGGGACAUCUCAUUGAGGCUUUGAAUCAAUUGAACAAAAGGUUUGAUGCACUGGAGGAUAAGGUGGAGCAAUCAACCCUAGGCAAGAAUGCCUCCAAGAGACAACCAUACGUGGAGGAGUUAGGUGAUUCGAACAAUGAGGAGGACAUGGCAGAUGAAAACCGAUUCCGGAAUUAUAAACGCAUCCCUAAUCAAGGGGAUGAUGAACUAAAGGGAAUCAAGCUCAAAAUUCCUACCUUCCCAGGCAAGUCAGACCCUGAAGCAUAUCUGGAAUGGGAGAGGAAGAUUGAGAUGCUUUUUGACUGCAACCACUACUCAGAGUCCCAAAAAGUGAAGUUGGCAACCCUUGAGUUCACUGAAUACGCAGCCGUUUGGUGGGAUCAGAUUCGCACCAGACAAAUGAGACAUGAAGAACCACUCAUUCGCACUUGGGAAGAACUCAAAAGGAUCAUGAGGAAGCGCUUCAUACCAGCGUAUUACCACAGGGAUUUGCACCAUAAAUUGCAAACUCUCGCCCAAGGUAGUAUGACAGUUGAGGAUUACUUCAAGGAGAUGGAGAUGGCCAUGCUGCGGGCUGAUGUUCGGGAGGAUAUAGAAGCAACCAUGGCACGUUUCUUAAGAGGACUACACGCUGAAAUUGCAGAUGUUGUGGAGCUCCAACAUUAUCUUGACAUGGAUGAAUUAUUGGACAAAGCUAUCAAGGUGGAAAGGAGGCUCAAGAGGAGGGGUAUCCCCCACCAAAGCUCCAACGUCCAAUCUGGAAAUGGGAGACCUCAGCAGUAUAAAGGCGAGAUUACCCACACGAGUAAGCAAAAGUCAGCCAAGGCAAGUGGGGUUUCGAAUGGGGCAUGGGUGCCUGGUUCGUCAUCUUCAAAACUGACCCAAAGGGCCGAAUUUAAGGCUGAUCUAGGGGCAUCUAAACCUAGAAACCGCGACACUAAGUGCUUUAAGUGUCAAGGUUUCGGUCACAUCGCGUCCCAAUGCCCAAAUCGAAGGGCCAUGCUCAUGCUACCAAGUGGGGAAGUGCUAACGGAUGAGGAGGAUGAGUAUGAAGGCAUGCCACCAUUGGUUGAGGAAGAAGAGAUAGUUGCCCCUGACCAACCAGUUGGACUAGGCCUUGUUACAAGGUUGGCAUUGAGUACUCAACGCCCAAAUGAAGAAGAGCAGCGUACCAACAUCUUCUAUACCCGAUGCCUAGUUAACGGUAAAGUGUGUAGCUUGAUUAUUGACGGAGAAAGUUGUACCAAUGUCGCUAGUGCCUUAUUUGUCAAGAAGUUGUACCUACCUGUCCAAGAUCACCCUACACCAUAUAAGCUUCAAUGGUUUAGUGAUUGCGGCGAAGUGCGAGUGUCUAAGCAGGUUUCCGUGAAGUUUAACAUUGGGAGAUAUGAGGAUGAGUUGGUGUGUGACGUGGUUCCUAUGCAAGCUGCCCAUCUUAUUCUUGGAAGGCCUUGGCAAUUUGAUCGCGAGGUUACUUAUGAAGGUCAUUCCAACAAAUACUCGUUCAUGCAUAAAGGGACGAGGAUCAUACUUGUUCCACUCUCACCUACGCAAGUUCGAGAGGACCAAAAUGUUUUACAAAGGGAAUGGGAGUUGGAUGGAUUGGAAGGCAAGGAGAAGAAAGGGUGA